GAGAGAAGUGGAGGACAGAGGCAGCGAGACGUGGUGGAUAUGAAGCACAUAACGGAAAUAAGUUUUUAACCACUCCACGUUUCUCUGUAACGAGCAUUUAACUGUUUUCUACUGAGUUUGUUGUACUUUUCUUAUUUUACGGCGGUUUCGACACUUUACGGUCCGAGUCGGGUAUCCCUGGCAACACGAUCAACUGUCCUGCGAAGUUUGGAUCAAGUGUCUCACCUUCAACCGGAGAAUAAACGGAUAUUUACCCACUAAAUGAACGGAACCGACUCCGGGGUGUGGACAGAGCGAGCGAGGAACAGUUUCCAGCUGUUUUUACUCACAUUUGUGUUUCCCAGUUUUGAAACGAAGCUUUGAGGGAAACGGGACAGCGCGAGACAAUAGUGGUGAGAGAGAGAGCUCGUGCAGGGGGGGGAUCGAUGCCUCGCGGGGGCUUUGUUCUGUCCUGCGUGGAGACUCAACGCGAGCCUGCGGCGGAUAUCGACUGAUUGAUCGGCGGAUUGAUGAUCGCUUGGUGACUGAUAAGCCGUCGGAGCAACAUGGACGUGACUCUGUCCGAGCUACUGGCCACUUUCAUGGAGUCCCCGCUGGUGGUGUGGGUGCGGACGUUGGGCCCACUCGGCUCAUGUGACGAUGCGGGCUCAGAGGAGCGGGUCAACAUGUUCAUGGAGCUGGUGGACGGCGUCUUCCUGCACAAGAUCAUGACACACAUUGACCCCAGUCCCACCAAUCAGAGGCUGAACAAGAAUGUGAACAAUGAUGUGUCACUUCGCCUUCACAACCUGACUGUUCUCACCAGACACAUCAGGACGUACUACCAGGAGACCUUACAGCAGUUAAUAGUCAUGCCCCUUCCCAACAUCCUCUGCAUCGCCAAGGACCCAAUAUCAGCCAAGAGCAUGGAAGAACUGAAAAGGCUUUUGUUGCUGAUCCUAGGCUGUGCAGUGCAGUGUGAGCGUAAGGAGGAGAUGAUAGAGAAGAUCAAGCUGCUGGACAUUGGGACCCAAGCUGCCAUUGUCUCUCACAUACAGGAGGUGACCCACAACCAGCUGAAUGUUCUUGACCUGUCCUGGCUGGAGGAAGGAACCGAGCUUGCUCAUGAUGAGCUUGAACCUCUGUCCCGUAACAUGGCUGCGUCUCUACGGCAACUCAUUGACCAGCGAGACAAAGCCAGUGAGGUGAUUGUGGAUCUCACCCAGGAGAGGGACUACUUCUCCAGUCAGCAGCCCCAGGAAGGAUGCAGGAACCUGGGCAUGAGCAGCCCAGAGCGUGGCCAGGGUUCUGGAGGAGUGGGAGUGAACGGUGGAUUGACUGUGUCCACACUGACCAAAGAGGAGAAGCAGCAUCUGUCUGUGGAGCUUGCUGAUACCAAGGCCAAGCUCCGCAGAUACAGACAGGAGCUGUGAGUCUUUCAAUCCAACUAAAUAGUC